AUGACUCGGAAGUCAUUUACGAUAACUGUUCUAAAUACAAGUCAUGGAGGGAUGGGUGCGCAGUUUUCAGUUUAUUUCCUCGGCGGCUUCCCGGAUGCUGUGCUCGCGCUUGGUUCGGGUUUCCUGGAGCUUUUGACGAUGUGCUGUUUAGAUGACUUCGCCAUUUUUAUUCGUGUUGUGGAACUUAACAAGACUGAAGCCUUUAGAAUGAAGAAAUUACCAGAAGAGUGA